AUGUUCCUGCUACCACAUAACUUCCGCUCCUUCCUCCUGAUCCUCGUCCUGCCACCUUCCUCUUCCUCAUCUUCCUCAUCUUCUUCUUCUUCCCUUUCUUACUCCUGUUCUUCCUACCACUUAACUUCCAACACUUCCUAUUCCUCCUCUUCCUGCUCACCCUCUUCCUCUUCUUCUCUCCGUUGCUCCAGUUUCUCCUACCAUUUAACUUAUGCUCCUUCCUCCUAUUCCUCGUCCUGCCACCCUCCUCUUCCUCCUCUUCCUCAUCUUCCUCUUCUUCCCUUUGGUACUCAUGUUCCUCCUACCAUCUAA